UAUUUCCUUGAUAAACAUGAUGACUGUACAAAAUGCUAUUUUUGCUGUGAAAAUGUUCCAGAACAUGAUAGACUUCAGAAAUGCAAAGAUCUGGGAAUGCCUCGUAGAUUGCAGUGUUUAAAGACAAAACAAAAUAAGAGGUGCAAGACCUUAUUUUAUCAAACCAGUGUUAAGAUGUCUGUCACGAUAACACCAAUAAAUACAAAUGUCUCAGUGGCGGAAAAAGACAAAGAACCUUUAACUAUGAUUAAUAAAGGAACUAUUACUCCUAAAACUUCAGGACACGGCAGCACCUGGUCUCGGCAGCCAUUAACCACCAAUGCCUCAGAGUCCCUGGCCACCUCUAGCAAGCCCACAUUACAGGUAGAAAAGGCUUUGAAGCCAUCACCACCAAAGGUCCGCACUGACAAGACUGGUUUGAUUACAGUAGUCACUGUAUUGGUCAGCUUGUUUAUUGCCAGUGUAUUGGUUGUUAUUAUGGUGCUCAUUUGCAAGCAUAAGACUCCUGCAGGAUUCACUGGAGUCAAACGUGAUGAUAUCGACAUAUCCAUCAUUCCCGAAGGUAUAGAAUCAAAGAAAAUUGAAAACAACAGCAUAAUGGGUAUUAGUUAAAUCCAACUAAUGGUCUAUUAUCAAUGCCGCGUUCUGAUUGGUUGACCUACUAUGUAAGAGCCCUCUAGUAACGAAAAGCGCGGGCUUUUUGGUGGCAAAAAAGGAUUAAAGUCUAGCUUUAACUAGCUAAAAAUUUUUUAUUCUCGAUAUCUUUGACCAACUAGUUGGAUUUUACUAAAACAAUUAUUCCUCUCGCCCUCAUGGCCUCCGAGUCAAUAGCCCAUUCGGCCUUCGGCUAGUUUGCUACACAGCCGUUUUUAGUGUCGUCACGCAGCGUUGCGUGACGACACUAAAAACGGCUGUGUAGCAGACUAGCCGAAGGCCGAAUGGGCUUUUGACUCAGAGCCCAUUCGGGUUCGAGGAAUAAUUGUUAAACAGUCAAAUCGCCAAAAUCUUAGCCAUCAAACGUUGGAAAGCUAAUUUUAUAAGUCAACCGUCAAAGAAUGGAGUGUUUGUAUUCUCCAAACACACCCAGUUCAGAGGAUCCAUUGCCCAAAUAGAGUGUUUCUGGACCUCCUAUCUGGUCAUAUUUUCUUCCCUUUGAAAAUAUUUAAGACUGAAAAUUACCAAAGACGUUCGUCUUGCAGUCAUCCUCGGAAACAGGCCAGGGGCAGUCACUCAGGUCGGGAUAAACGGCGUUGAAAGUUUUAAAGAACGGUCGCGGUCGAGAGAGACCCUAGAAUGCCACUGAAAGCAAACCAGUUCUGCGAAUCACUCGAAUGCUUGUCUCUGAUUGUGCCCAAUUGGAGGCCAGCAUCUAUCGCGCUGCUUUCGUGAUCUUUUUAUACGAAGCCAAUCUGAGACAAACAAUUGAAUGAGUCGUGGAACUGGUUCGUUAAGAGUAGCAUACCAGGGGCUCUCUCGUACGUUCUCGAAAACUUUCGCCGCCGUUUAUACCUACCCGACUGACCGCCCCUGGGUCUCGGAGGAUGUCUUGCAGAGCGCUACAUGUUUAGAUACGACCUAGACUACGAGUAGUCCCCCAUUUUUCCCCAGGGAUAGUAGAGCAAGCGAAACGCGAGGGCGCACGCGUGUCGCCUUUUCUCGCGUGGGAUGAUUUUCACGCGCGCUCGCGUUUCGCUUUCUCUACUAUCGCUGCGGAAAAAUGGGGGACUAUUCGUAGUCUAGAUACGACCAUGUUGGUUUAUUUUCAGAAACAACCCCAUGGGCGGAUUUAUAAGUGGCCCAAGGCGGGUGGCGGGGUGGCUUUAUUGCUAUAGAAAUUGGAAACCUAUCGUUGCAAUUAAAAAAUUUGGUCAUGACGUACUUACGCCCGUAGAGACUCUCGGGAGGGGCCGGGGAGACUCUUCAAGGGAGGGGUGGGGAGUCCCACACAUGCAGCUUGCGUUUCUGGCUCCUCCCGUCACCUUAUCGCUGUUUUUAAGUCACAUACCUAUUGUUAAGGCUUUCUCUAGAAAUAACUUCAGUUAGUAGCUUCCUUUUCCGUCCCAGAGGCUUUUUUAACGCUGGCAUUGUGAAAACGCCAAAGUAAAAAGUGCAGCUUUAAAAUUCGCAUAAUUAAUAACACUGAAAUGUAUCAAUCAUAGUGGUAAUUAGUGCGCAUUAAUAUAAAAAAAUUAGCAUAACGUCAGAACAGAGAUUAUCACAACGCAGAUUUUUUGGCCUGUUUGUAGGCUUGGCCGUUUGGCAUGGCAUUUGAAGGUCCUGCAGUGAAUAAAUUUAAUUUAAUGAAAGGUUGACUCGUUAUUGCACACAUCAUAAAGAUGACGUUAUGAGUUUUUCAUGGUGUUUAGAAAGACAGUUAGUUUCCAAGAAAGCAAAAAAGGAAUUACACCAAAAUUUCCGAGCUUGGAAGUAUGAUAUUAAAUAAGCAGCAUUGUUAUGAUGCUUUGGAGUAAAUUGAGUAAUUAGCUCAUUUGACUAGUGAAAAUAUAAGACUCAAAAUUUAUUUUCGUUUUAUUUUCAUGGAGGUUAUUUGCCAAACACCACACUUUAAAUUCCCGACGUUGGAUUUUCAGUCGCAGGUCUAGAUGUUGCAAAAUUCGUCUUUAACUUGUUUCAAAGAUUUGCUUGACUGUCUGGUGCAAAUUAAGAGAUGAAUAUUAUGAUCAAAUGCUCCUUACAUUUAUAUCUAACAUAAAUGUAUACACAAACUAUAAAAUGUACAAGCAAAAUUAUAUAACAUCUUGCUACAUUAUGAUGAAAAGCCUAAAAAACUGAUAAGAGUCAUAUAAAAAUUACAUUUAAAAAUUGUUAUAGAAAAUAAAUUAAAUUAAAUUAUAAAACUAGAUCUAACACUAAAAUACACGAGUAAUCAUGCUAACAGAGGCUCUAGGUGUUACAAAUAAGGAAUGCUUUCUUGAACAAGUACGUCUUAAUUGCUCCUUUGAAAAGAUCAUAACCUCUAAUUGCUCUUAUUUCAGAGGGUAAUGUAUUCCAUAAUCUAGUGGCUGCUACUUGGAAUGUUUUAUCUUCAAGAGUUUUCUUGUUUGAUUCUUUACCCAUGCCGAUGGCGGCUCUAACAACAGUUCCUUGCACGAACGCAGGUUAUUUCGUGUCCAUUUAUUAAUCUUGAUAAAGUUGCAAAAAAAGGAUGGUACCGACAUCAUAAAUUAUCUUAAUACUUAAGAUAAAUAUUUUAUACUUAAUUCUAAAACAAACUGGAAGCCAGUGCAGACGAUUUAAAGUAGGUGUUAUGUGGUCAAAUUUAGGUACCGCUGGAAUGUCACAAUUUUUUUUCCAAGUAAAAAGCAAAAGGACAGAUAACAUCACUUAGGCAUCAGUUUUUAUGUCUUCCGGUUAUAGAACAUCAAGCUUGAACACUAAAAUAAGCUACUCCUAUGGGUUAUUUUAGCUGGAAGAGUCCGUAAUCAAAAACUAAUCUGUCCCUUCAAUUUACUGUGAUUAAUGUCGGGAAAAGAGGAGUCAGGGGUAUAUUCAAUUUAGGGGAUUUCUUUGCGAUGAAGUGUGUUUACAGGCCCAACAGGUAUUACAUUCUUUAUCAAAACAUUGAAUAAUUCGCUCUGAUUACUCACAAAAUUAUUCUAACCAGAAAGGCAAAAUUAAACGAUAUAAAAUAGUGCUGACUCACCGUCUUUGUUGUUUGGUGUUGUUUCACAGACGUGGACCUAUCAGAUUUGCCUUACGAUGUGGAGAAAUCCAUCUGUAGAUUGGAUACAAGAACUAGAGGUAUCAGUGACUGGUAUAAUGUGGGUCGUCAGCUGGGUAUCCCUGGUAAAGACAUGAAACCUUUAGAGAUGGAAUAUAAUCGUCCAGAAGGAAGUCCAGCUAAACUGUUAACCGAAAAAUUGCAUACAAAAUAUUGCCUUAAGCUCCGAGAAUUUGUUAUUGCACUUCAAAAGGUAGGACGGAACGACAUCGCUAAAGAAAUUUGCAGCUUCUAUGAAAAGAAUGAAUACUUGACAAACGAUCGUUUCACCAGCAGUUCGACUGUUGAGUCGUAUGUAUAA